UCAUCACAUCGCAGUGACAGAUCAGGUAGAGUAAAUGUCCCUCACUGAUGUUUAUGUGAAGGUGGCCUAAUUUCCCCUGGAGCAGCGCUUUUUAUCGCUUCAACAGCUCUGGGUUCUAGUCUUAUAGAGACUCUUGGAUAGCCACUCAUCCUGUUUUGGUCUACAUUGGCUAGCAUCUGUUUAGACGCGUCCUGAAAAUGACGGAUCUUUCCAGCUCGGAGUUUGAGAUCGACGUGGAGGGCCUGGAAACGGAGAGCGAUGAUCAAGCGGUGUUCACCGGCACCGGGGAGGACGACGUGGGGACCAAAGACGACGACAAAACCAGCCGAUUAAACCUCGGCUCAGGAGACCAGCGCAAACUGAGCCGCACUCCGAAAUGCGCCCGCUGUAGGAACCACGGCGUGGUGUCUUGUCUGAAGGGGCACAAGAGAUUCUGCCGGUGGAGAGACUGCCAGUGCGCGAACUGCCUGCUGGUGGUGGAGAGACAGCGCGUAAUGGCUGCUCAAGUGGCACUGAGGAGACAGCAAGCGACUGAGGACAAAAAGGGAAUAUCCGGGAAGCACAUACCAGUGGAAAGACGAAGUAUAUAUCAGCGACACAUCCGCCCAUCGACCAUGCUGGCAAAAAGUAUUUUAGAAGGAUAUCGUCCAGUGCAGAACGACCCAUUUCUGGGUGCCAGUCCUGCUCUGCCCCCUCCUCUGAGCGACCGCAUGAGGAAAAGACGAGCCUUUGCCGACAAGGAGCUAGAGACCAUCAUGCUGGAACGAGAGUAUAAAGAACGAGAGCUUCUCGAGUCCAGCCAGCCCAGCUCUGCCUCGCUCUUCCUCCCUGGCAGUAUGGUCCACGCCGCUGAGUAUAACUCCUACAAGACGGCUUUCUCAUCCUCCUCAGCCCCUUCCACGGUCGAACCUUCUCCCAAAGACCUCUGUGGUUUUCUGCCCGGCUGUCUGGAUCUCUCUCUGCAGUAUGCCUCCACAGGUGGGACGACAGCUAACGUGGAGCUCAUCUCCUCCAAUGUGAGCGUAGCGACCACCUACCGCCAAUACCCGCUCUCACCGCGCUUCGUAAUGUGGCCGCGGGGCAGCAGCGGUAUUAGCGAUGCCCUGUUAUACCAGCAGUGUCUCCUGAAUGCCACUGCAGUCCAGAACUUGAAACCUGGAGCUGUUUGGGAUCCAAAGAUGAUGACCUCCACCGAGAGCCACCCGCCCGAGCAGGAGCCCACCGCGUCCAGGCUCGAGGGCUCUCGAGUGGCUCCAGAGCCGUGUGAACUCCAGCCGGGGCCCAGAGAGGCUCAGACAGGACUCGGCCAGAACGGAAAUGCCCGUUCAGCCUUCUCGCCUCCUAAGAGGGUGUAUGGACAAGCUUUCCCUCCACAUGCAGGGAGCCAUGAGCAUGUGAUCAACAACAUGAGCAAAGACACUGCCAAGCACACACUGUCCAUGAAGCUCAACUCCUUCCAUUCCCUCAUACAGCAGACACUCAAUGACAAGAAUCCAGAGAUGAGUGGGCCGUACUGUAAGGAACUGCUGGAGGAAGCGGCAAAAAAGUUCAGGGAGGGUACCGCCAAAGACACAGUGGGACUCAAAAGCUCGGAAAGAGCGGGAAAGGACCUCGUAGCAAAGCCGAGGAGCACCAAGGUCACCGCAGGAGAGUCUCUGUCGUUUUCAGUGGAGGCCAUAUUAAAAAGACCCGCACUUUCUUUAAAUCGGACAUCCCAGUAAGGCUUCCUGUAAAAAAAACAAUCCUAAAAAUACUUGCUUAUUUUGUACUGACUGUAUAUUUAUUCACACACACACACACAUACAUAUAUUUGGAAUUUUAGCAGAGAAAAGACAGAAAAUCAUUAAUCUAAGCAGCAUCUAAAACAAUUUUUACUGCUUUUUUGACAUAUCUGUAUAUAUAAAAAUGUACAUACCAUUUCAGACAUGCAUGUUGUACGUUAUAUAAUACAUUCAUAAUGUGUAGAGUAUUUAAAUGUAAAUGUUAAUUUUGCUACUUUAAAAGUGUCAAUAAAAUGAAAAAAUGUUCCUAUA